CGUUUGUUUACCAGCAGCUUCUUCAUACGUAGAAGUAGAAGGGCGAGCUGCUCUUCUCUGCAGUGCUACCGGUGACAACAAGUCAAGCUAGCAAUCGAAACGCGCGGCGUGAGAUCUGCAGCUAACAAUUUAGUCAAACGUCAGCAGCAGAAACGGCACAUCUGAUUGUAGGAUUGUCAGAAAAUAUUUGAACUCGGUGACAAUGGGAGACCCUGCUCUUCAUAGAGACUGUCCCCUUGACUGCAAAGUUUACGUUGGGAAUCUAGGAAACAAUGGAAACAAGACAGAGUUAGAAAGAGCCUUUGGGUACUACGGUCCUUUAAGAAGUGUUUGGGUUGCCAGGAAUCCCCCAGGUUUUGCUUUUGUGGAGUUUGAAGAUCCAAGAGAUGCAUCUGAUGCUGUGAGAGAGCUGGAUGGAAGAACGAUGUGUGGCUGUCGAGUGCGUGUCGAGUUAUCCACCGGGGAAAAGCGCUCAAGGAGCCGCGGUCCUCCUCCAUCUUGGAGCAGACGUCCUCGUGAAGAUUUUAGACGACGUAGUCCUCCUGUCAGACGCAGAUCACCGAAGAGGAGGAGCUUCAGCCGCAGUCGCAGCAGGUCUCUUUCUAGAGACAGACGCAGAUAUCGGUCUCUCUCCAGAGACAAGAAUCAUAAGCGCUCAAGAUCCUUCUCACGGUCGAGGAGUCGUUCCCCAUCUGACAGGAAAUGAAGGGCUUAAGUGGUGGUUCGUCAGCAGGAUCUUGCUAUCGUUGUGAAAAUACAAAUUUUUAUAGUCAUGUUUUUCUCUUUAGAUUGUAUUUGCCAGUUCAUGAUAGCCCAAAGUUGGCCAUGUUACAUAUUGUGUAAUAGCAGUCUGUUGAAUUAAAAAGGACCUUAAUUGUUUUUCUUUUGUUGGUUUUCAUGGCAAGAUUUAAGCAUUUUACUGACACAUUUUUUUCUCUUUGAAUUUACUCUAUGAACGAUAAAACAAAUUCUGUCUUACCGUGCAUGUUUGGCAAUGGAAUGGAAUGAAUUUAGUUUUUACAUUUUUUGUUUUUUAACUGCUGAUCUAUCUAAAGUUCAUGUGAUUUUUGUUUUCUAAUUUUGGGGGGAAGCAGGUUUCUUUUAAUUCUUCAUUGACUCUUUAAUUACUGGCAGUGGGUUACUGAGCUGCAUCGCCAAACAUACUUUAUACCAGAGUGACAGAAAGCAGACUGGCAGCAAAUGUUCAUAACACCGGUGCUGUUAUUUUUAGGCUAUCCUUGGAGCCUAAAACACCAUCUGUAUGUCUGUAGUUUACCUAUGUCACUUUUGCAGAAGAAGGCAUUUGAUCUGUUCAACUUUGCUUGAUUCUCCGAACAGUUUGUGCUGAUGUAGUUAAACGACUUGUUCAAUAAAUGUUUUUUCCAAAAUGA